ACAUGACGUCAUCGAUCAUUCAGCGCAAGGAUUGUAUUCAACAGAAUGAGAUGCUGAUUACGGUGUAUAGCCUAGUCAAUAAUAGUAGAAUAAAUGUAUGGACGUUGGCUAUAGCUGAAUGGUAGGCUAUCAACACAGCAAGUAGCUACUUUUGGUUAAUAUUUGACCUCAACCAAUGGGCAGGUAGAAACUCAUACAGUUUUAGUCCAUGGGUCAACACCAUUGGUCCAGACCUACCUGGUGAAUGGAGUUGAAGUUGUCCUGCAAAGCCAUGACAUAACACGUAACCUACGUUACAGAUAACCUGACAAAAUGGAGAGGGGAAAUUACGGUGGCUACUCCCGGGAGUAUUUUGACCGCUUUAUUGAAAGCCAAGACUCGUCUGUUGUGAACAAGUUCCAGCAAAAGUACUGGAAAACCAAACAGAAGAUCAUCAAGGUCACGGGAAAGAAAGAGGACGAACAUGUCGUGGCAUCAGACGCAGACCUGGAUGGCAAACUGGAGGUGUUUCACUCUGUCCAGAGAACGUGCAUGGAGCUAUUGAAGGUGAUCGAGCAGUACCAGAGAAGAAUCUGCUUUCUAUCCCAGGAGGAGAAUGAGUUGGGGCGGUUCCUGCGCUCACAGGGCUCCCAGGACCGGACCAGGGCUGGAAAGAUCAUGCAGGCUACCGGGAAGGCUCUCUGCUUCUCCUCCCAGCAGAGGCUGUCUCUGCGUAGUCCUUUGUCUCGCCUCUACCAGGAGGUGGAGACUUUCCGAUACCGGGCCAUCUCUGACACCUGGCUGACGGUGAACCGCAUGGAACAGUCCAGGACGGAAUACCGUGGAGCACUGCUCUGGAUGAAGGAUGUAUCCCAGGAGCUCGAUCCAGACACACACAAACAGAUGGAGAAAUUCCGCAAAGUUCAAGUGCAGGUGCGAACCACUAAAACAAGCUUUGACAAACUGAAGAAUGAUGUCUGCCAGAAAGUCGAUUUAUUAGGAGCCAGCCGCUGCAAUCUGCUUUCUCAUGUUUUAACCACAUACCAGACCACCCUGUUGCACUUCUGGGAGAAGACGUCUCACACUAUGGCUGCCAUUCAUGAGAGCUUUAAGGGCUGCCAGCAAUAUGAGUUCUCUACAAUCAAGAGCCUCCAAGACCCCAUGGAUAAACUGUCAUCUCAGGGAUCGAAGAAAAAGAGGGAGAAGAAAGUCCAAACAAAGACUGAUCUUGAGGAGACUGCAGAUGGCCAACUUAUCUCAAUAGAUUCCAAUGAAGAGUCCAAUGAAGAAGCUCAAACCAAGACACCUUCUGGACAAUUCUUUGAAGAAAUCGACCUUAAUAGACAAAUGACAGGGCCUGAGGAUCUUCUCUCAGCCUUCUCUAGGCAAGAGCAGGAGGAGGGUGGAGAGAGGGACAGCUUGGCCUUGUUGAAUGAGAUUCUGGGCAGCACGUCUCUGGAUGAGGGCGAGUUCUCACAGGAGUGGCAGGAGGUGUUUGGUAAGGGGGACCAGGGGAGCGGAGCCACUAGUGGAGGGGGCCUAGUGGAACUCCAGCAGGAGGAAGACUCCUCCAUCUUCCUCCCAUCUCACCUCCUGGACCAGAACAGGAACAAUCUCCAAUCUUCGCUCUCAGAUUGGGCCACGAGCAUUCCACAGCCCAUCUCCCAGGCAACAGAGCAAUCAUCUGGAGCCAAUCAGAACCCCUCUAGGCCAACAGCAGCGAGAGAGACGCCAGAGACCGCCAAAGACCUUUCAGCCUGGUUUAACCUGUUCGCCGACUUGGACCCUCUGUCGAAUCCAGACGCAGUAGGCAGGAGUGGUCAGGAGCAUGAGCUUCACAACGCAUAGACCUGCGACCUGAUUCACGUCUAGGGAUCCUACGCUAUAAGUUAGCAUAAUGCACAACAAGGUUAUGGUUAUUUUGUUAACAUCUGUUCUAGGGUCAUCUCUCUCAACCUGUCCUACUCCUUACCAUUGAGUUAAACAACAAAUUGACCCUGGACCAGCUGUUGAUGCAUUUACUGUAUCAAUCAAUUGAGCUUGAAAUCAUGAAUUCCAAAAGAAAACAAAUGUUGUCUUUUUAUGUUUGACAUGAUUUAUCAAUGUUUAUACGUUAAGUUGUCAGAGGGUAGAUGAAGAAGGAAGGAUUCAAGAUGAGCUUUUUCAGAAUUAUUGCCUUGUCAUUCGGGUAUACCUGUAAGCCUUCUGGUGGUGACAAUGAGGCCUUUACACCCAUCUCAACAAUAGAAAAAUCUGUAUACAGUAUGAAAGGGUAAAAUAACUAUCCGUAUUAUCUGAUAGAUCAUACAUUUAUUGCAUGUUUUGUGUAUUCCUUAUUUAGUCGUGUGUGUGAUUGUACUCACAAUAUGUUACUGUUGACAAUAACAUAUCUAACAUUUGAUUUAUUUGAGAUGCCCUGGAAUAAAUUUAAGGCGCGUUAGAGCAGCGCACUAGACAGCCGACAAUGUACCUUUUUAAGACAUUUUCUCAGACGUUUGCGGAAAUCCUAUUCACGGUUACCACUGCACAUGUCGGCUCAAGCGUAAAUGACCUUAGUCUGUUCUAUAGCACGCCUCAGAUUGAAUCCCAGCCUAGGUGUACAUUUAUUAACUAGCUGCACCUUUUCAAGUACACAAUCUGUAUUAUAUUGCUUGGAGAGCAACCUGUGGAAGGGCGAGAAUACAUACAGUGGGGCAAAAAAAGUAUUUAGUCAGCCACCAAUUGUGCAAGUUCUCCAACAUAAAAAUAUGAGAGGCCUGUAAUUUAUCAUAGAUACACUUCAACUAUGACAGACAAUUAGAAGAAAAAUCCAGAAAAUCACAUUGUAGGAUUUUUAAUGAAUUUAUUUGCAAAUUAUGGCGGAAAAUAAGUAUUUGGUCAAUAACAAAAGUUUCUCAAUACUUUGUUAUAUACUCUUUGUUGGCAAUGACAGAGGUCAAAUGUUUUCACAAGGUUUUCACACACUGUUGCUGGUAUUUUGGCCCAUUCCUUCAUUGCCCGGGCGGUGUGUUUGGGAUCAUUGUCAUGCUGAAAGAGCCAGCCACAUUUCAUCUUCAAUGCCCUUGCUGAUGGUAGGCUUUGUUACUUUGGUCCCAGCUCUCUGCAGGUCAUUCACUAGGUCCCCCUGUGUGGUUCUGGGAUUUUUGCUCACCGUUCUUGUGAUCAUUUUGACCACACGGGGUGAGAUCUUGCGUGGAGCCCCAGAUCGAGGGAGAUUGUCAGUGGUCUUGUCUGUCUUCCAUUUCCUAAUAAUUGCUCCCACAGUUGAUUUCUUCAAACCAAGCUGCUUACCUAUUGCAGAUUCAGUCUUCCCAGCCUGGUGCAGGUCUACAAUUUUGUUUCUGGUGUCCUUUGACAGCUCUUUGGUCUUGGCCGUAGUGGAGUUUGGAGUGUGACGGAGGUUGUGGACAGGUGUCUUUUAUACUGAUAACAAGUUAAAACAGGUGCCAUUAAUACAGGUAACGAGUGGAGGACAGAGGAGCCUCUUACAGGUCUGUGAGAGACAAAUCUUGCUUGUUUGUAGGUGACCAAAUACUUAUUUUCCACCAUAAUUUGCAAAUAAAUUCAUUAAAAAUCCUACAAUGUGAUUUUCUGGAUUUUCUCAUUUUGUCAUAGAUGAAGUGUACCUAUGAUAAAUGACAGGCCUCUCUUAAGUGGGAGAACUUGCACAAUUGAUGGCUGACUAAGUACUUUUUUGCCCCACUGUAUGUUGUAAUUGGUGACUGGUUUUAAGUGUAUAAACAAUGAUUAGAGAAUAUUUACAUUUUAUUAAUUGAGUGCUGAAGAAGUAUCUUGAUUUUGUCAGUAAAAAUGUUGCUAAAUGAGACUAACUUAUUAGAAUUAAACUAUUGCCCUUAUCUACAUUAAAGCCUUGUUUAUUCCUGUCA